GCCUUAUCACUGGCUCCGUUGCUCCACUGGACAAACCAGCUGUCAGCUAGUGAAAAGAAAAACCUAUUAUUUACGUUACUGUUGUUCACCAGUGAGCAGAGUUGUUUAAACCAUUCAAUCUUAAUUGUCAAAUCAACGCUUUUCUGCAUAGCUCCCGAAAAUUCUGUUUGUGACCGCUGUUAUCACUAUGUUUUGUGGUGUUGAAACUCAAACACAAAAGGAUUGAGUUCAAUUCGACUGGAUUUGCUAUAAAUAUUUCAGCAGUUUUCUUUCAAAAAUCACAGCUACCAAAUUUAUUGGGAUCAUGAAUUUGAAUGCUGUUGACAUAGUGAUUCUUGUGAUCUACUUCAUAGCAUUGCUAGGCACUGGACUAUAUGUAAUUUUUUGAAUAACUUACUACUACUCAAUAUUUUCAGGCUUUAUUUGCUUCAAGCAGAGGGACUGUCAGUGGUUACUUUUUGGCAGGACGCUUUAUGACAUGGCUUCCAGUCGGUGCAUCACUAUUUGCUAGUAACAUUGGCAGUGAACAUUUUAUUGGUUUAGCUGGAUCAGGAGCAGCUGCAGGUAUAGCUGUUGGUGCUUUUGAGUUAAAUGCCUCACUUUUACUUCAGCUUUUAGGAUGGGUUUUUUUGCCAGUUUAUAUUGCCAGUGGAGUUUGUACAUUACCGGAAUAUAUGAAAAAGCGUUUUGGUGGUGAAAGAAUUCAUAUUUAUCUAGCUCUGUUGUCUCUUAUACUUUAUAUCUUUACAAAAAUAUCAGUUAAUUUAUACUCAGGUUCCUUGUUUCUAACUGAAGCAUUAAAAUGGAAUACUUGGGUAUCAAUAGUUCUGCUGCUUUUACUAACUGGUCUCAUCACUGUAACAGGUGGAUUGGCAGCCGUUCUUUAUACUGAUACACUGCAGUUUUUUGUUAUGAUAAUCGGUGCUAUAAUAUUAUCUGUAAUAAGCUAUCUACGUGUUGGUGGCUUCCCGGGUAUCCUAUCUUCUUAUGGUCAAGCUAUAGCACAGAUAAAUAUAUCUUCCAUUGAAAGCUCUAAUCUAAUUAUCAGUUUAGCCAAUGCAUUGAACGCAACUAAAAAAACAAUCUCACUUACAGAAUUAGCAGAUUUACCAGAGGUUCCAUCAAAUCUGAAAUGUAGUUUACCUUCUUCAAAGGCUUUUACAUUAUUACGUGAAAUUGAUGAUCCUGAUAUGCCAUGGCUUGGAUUUCUACUUGGUCAAACACCUGCAUCUAUAUGGUAUUGGUGUACUGAUCAGAUGAUGGUACAACGUGUUUUAGCAGCGAAAAGUUUAUCUCAUGCACAAGGUGCCACAUUAAUGGCUGGCCUUAUUAAACAACUACCAUUAUUUAUAAUGGUGAUUCCUGGGAUGAUAAGUCGAAUAUUAUUUCCAGAUGAGAUUGGUUGUACUCCUGGACCAAACUGUUAUCGUAUAUGUGGACAGAAAAGUGGUUGUUCAAAUUUAGCCUAUCCUAAACUUGUCAUCAAUAUUAUGCCAUCAGGUCUAAGAGGUCUUAUGUUAGCUGUAAUGUUGGCUGCACUGAUUUCUGAUUUAACAUCAAUAUUCAAUUCAGCUAGUACACUAUUUACUGUUGAUAUUUACCAGAAGAUAAGAAAAAAUGUUAAAAAUAUGGAAUUAAUGAUUGUUAGCCGAAUCUUUGUAAUCGUGUUAAUCUUAUUGAGUAUUGCCUGGAUUCCAGUGAUUCAAGAAUUGCAAGGGAGUCAGUUAUUUCUAUAUAUUCAAGCGAUUUCAGCUUAUCUUGCUCCCCCAGUAGCAUCUGUCUACUUAUGUGCUGUGCUCAUUAAACGGAGUACAGAAAGGGGAGCAUUUGUUGGUUUAAUCUAUGGUUUAAUAAUUGGAUUAAUUCGAUUAAUUUUAACAAUUAUUUAUCAUGAACCAAUAUGCGGUGAAUUAGAUACCAGACCAUGGAUUAUUAAACAUAUUCAUUAUAUGUAUUUUGCAUUGUUUUCAUUCAUUACAUGUGGUAUAAUAGUCUGUUUAAUAUCAUUCACUGAAAAACCUCCAACAAAUGAACAAUUAUACCGUUUAACUUAUUGGACAGCAUGGGAUAAUUCAAAUUCUAUAACACAAAUAAUAACGACAUCAACAACAUUGUAUACAGUGAAAUCACAAAAUGGUAUUCAUUUCAAUGAUAAUAACAUAAUGAAUAAAUAUGAUCAUCGAAAUGAUGACAAUGUUGAUGGUGGCAGCGGAGGCGGAGGCGAUUCCAUCGAUAGUAUUCAUCAUAUCAGUAAUAAACCAUAUUAUAAAGAUGAAAUGAUAACACGAGCAAAAGUUUCUAAUCAUAAACUUUGUCAUUCAGAUAUUGAUGAGGAGAAAAAUACUCCUUUAGAUUUUCAACUUGAUAAUGGUAAUAUUGAAAAUAAACAACCUGUAAAUAAAACAAUAACAGAAGUACGUGAUGAUUGUAAAGAAGUGGAAUCAUUUACACUGCAUACCUCAUCAUUAUCAUCAUCAUCAUCAUAUGCGUAUAGAUUAAUGAAAAAUAUUUGUCUAUGGUUUUGUGGUUGUACUGAUCAUCCAUGUUCUGAUGUUGAAUUACGCAAUAAAUUUGGGUGUAAAUGUUGUUUCAGUGAUAUAAAAAAGAAGAAUUCAUCGUCAACAUUUAAAGAAAAGACUAAUGAUGAUGAUGAUGAUCAUAUUGAAAAAAGGAUACAUAUUGAUCAAGAGAAAUAUUUAGCUAAGAUAACAAGUUUAAAACAAGAUCCACAAAUAAAACUUGGAUUAUAUAUUGGCUUAAUUUUAAUUAUAAUUUUGUCAAUUUUUGGUUUUAUAUUUUUCUCAGUUUAUUUUGGUCCAAUUUCAAUUGGUCCAUUACCAAUUAUUGGUAAUUCGACAAAUUUCAAUGAAACAUUAAUUAAACAAUUACAAUUAUUAGAAAAGAAUAAAUUAAUUAUUAUACAUUAAAAAAAAAGAAGGAAAUUUAAUUGUAUGUUGAAAUUCAAUUCUCUUUUUUUAUGAACUCUUACUGUUCCCCCCCUCCCUGUCACCCCCAUAGCAACAAGAAUGUCAGGUGAGGUAACAAAGUGUGCCAUAUAUAUGCGUAGAAGUUGCUCAUAUGUGUAUGUGUGUGUGUGUGUGUGUGUGUGUGUGUGUGUGCAUCUUCAAAGUUAUCAGUUAAUGUUAUUUUGGAUUUCACUAUGUAAAAUAAGCUACCAAUAUAGAGAAAGAGAGAAAAGUAACUCACUUAGAUGUUUUCCAAUGUAUUUUUUUGCUCUUCUUUUUUUCUCUGGUUUUCUACACAUAAACACAUGCACAUCUAUACACAUAUGAACAUUUUUUUGUUUUCGUAAUAAAUAAUUUCUACUAUUUAUUG